AUGAAAGCUGUGAUACUGGUCGGAGGCUACGGUACCAGGCUUCGACCGCUAACGCUAACACAGCCGAAGCCGCUGGUGGAGUUCGCCAACAAGCCGAUGAUGCUCCAUCAGAUGGAAGCGCUGGUUGAGGCUGAUGUUGAUACGGUGAUACUGGCGGUGAGCUAUCGUGCGGAGUUGCUCGAGAAGCAGAUGGCGCAGCACGCUGAUCAACUCGGCGUAAAGGUUUAUUUCUCGGUGGAGGAAGAGCCGCUUGGAACAGCUGGUCCUUUGGCUUUAGCAAAAGACCUUCUAAAAGGCGACGAGCCAUUUUUCGUCUUGAAUUCCGAUAUCAUUUGCGACUUUCCGUUUCGUCAAAUGAUCGAAUUUCAUAUGAAACACGGUCACGAAGGCACAAUUGCCGUCACUAAGGUUGAAGAACCGAGCAAAUACGGUGUCUGUGUGUUCAACGAAAAAACUGGUAAAAUAGACAGUUUUGUUGAAAAACCCGAAGAAUAUGUGGGUAAUAAGGUACAGUGCUUAUUAUUCAUCACUCGAAGCCAUACUACACAUGAUCAUGUUUUGGAUGAGUCAGCUACUAUAAUUAUGCGUUUUUUAUGCAAUGCAGGAAACGCAUAUUGA